AUGAUAUCGAGUUAUCUUCUACACACAAUUCUUGAACUCGGUGCAACUGCACAGAUGACCUGGGAUCACUUGAAAGAAACUUUUCAAGACAAGAGGGUUGUUCACCUCAAACAUCAGUUCUCCCAUACCCAUCAAACUGACUUCCUUACCAUCUAUGCAUACUGUCAACACCUAAAAAUGCUUUCAGAUCAACUUGCCAAUGUUGGAGCUCGAGUCACCAACCAAAGACUAGUACUUCAACUCAUCUUUGGUUUCUCCAAAGCCUAUGACAGGGUUGCAACCAUCAUUCAACAAUUUGACGCACUUGCUUUGUUCUAUCGUGCCAAGAGCAUGCUAACCCUUGAAGGGACUCGUAAAGCCAAGCAGGCCUCGAUCUCUCCCGAUACUCACUCUGCCCUGUUCACCACCGGUAUUCCCUCUACUAACAUUGCCAAAUCACAGCCAAGGGUUGCUUCUCAGCAAGAAUGCUGA